AUGCCACAAACCGACAGCAUUGCUCUACGGGGGUCGCUGCCCUCAGACGGCGGCGAGCCAGGACCCCAAGACGGCGACAGCAGCGACGUCGCGCCAAAUUUUGACCAGAGCAGCUCGAGGCAGCGGAUAUCAGGGAGGCAGAGGGCCUCUGUUCUCGUGGGCUCCUCGAUCCUGCAGCUGCCAAUAUGGGGCUUUGCGAUGAAUUACGGCGUGUUCCAGGAAUACUAUUCCAGCAACUGGACGCUCAAGGGCAGUCGGGAAACCACGGGCAUCAUCGGGACGACGUCCAACGGGGUCAUGUACCUCUCGAUGCCGUUCCUGUUCGCGCUGUUCACGAGACGAUGGGCCCGGCGACGGCAGAUUGCGGCGCUUGCCGGGGCCGCGCUCACCUGCGUCUCCUUCCUGCUGUCCUCGUUCAGCACCGACGUGUGGCACCUGGUCGCGACCCAGGGCGUCACGGCGGCGGUGGGCUGCGCGCUGAUCUACAGCCCGACCACGCUGUCACUGGGGGAGUGGUUCAACACGGGCAACCGGGCGUUCGCGUACGGGGCGGUCCUGUCGUGCAAGAACAUUGUCGGCUCGACCUGUCCGUUCCUGCUGCGCGCUUUGCUCGACCGGUACGGCUUCCGCGCUACACUGAGGAUAUGGACGGCUGUUGCGGCGGGGAGUAGUCUGGUUGGCGUCUUCAUGAUCCCGACGACCCCGCUGCCUCCGUCGACCAUGGCUUCGGCCUCGAGCAGCGCGCACCGUUCACGCCGCAUCCCCUGGCACUUCCUCAAACACCGCACCUUCUACAUCUACAGCAUCGCGACCAUCCUGCAGAGCUCCGGGUAUGGCAUCCCGCAGACAUACCUCUCCACCUACGCUGCCGAGGUGACACAGCUAUCACAGACAUCAGCAACAUUGCUCCUCACGCUCUUCAACCUCCCCGGAAUCAUCUCGUCCGCCUUCUUCGGCUACCUGUCCUCGGAUUCGACUAACCGCUGUUUCCCAUCUCUCAGCGCCACGACCGUCACCGCAAUCUCCGCCAUCUCUUCCGCCCUGUCCACCUUCUUGUUCUGGGGCUUGACUUCCUCGCACGCCGGCGGCGGCGGCGGCAGUGGCGGCGGCGCCGGGACCUUUGCCCUGCUGGUCCUGUUCUCCAUGACCUUUGGCUUCUUCGCCGGCGGGUACAGCGCCACGUGGGGCGGGGUGAUCAACGACCUGGAGCGCGAGGCCGCGAUGCGCAACGAGGCCGUCGACUCGGGCAUGCUGUACGGCUUGUUCAACGGCGCAAGGGGCAUCGGAUAUGUCGGUGGUGGGUUGGCCGGUGUGUCUCUCCUCAAGGCCGGGGCUAGCAUCGCCUCUACACCAGCCCACGGCCCGGGGUAUGACACGGCCUACGGACCUCUCAUCAUCUUCACGGGCCUCUCGACCGUGUUGGGCGGCUGGGGGGUGUUGUGGAAGGUGGUGCCGAAGCUGAAGAUGUUGCGUUGGGUGUGA